UGGGAGGGGUCGACAUGUGAAGCUCUGUCUUGGGCAUAUUCUGUGGUAUAAACCAAACCACAGUCCCGCGAGCGCAGCUGUCAGGUGUGCGUCACCGGGGACCACCGAUCAGUCACCGCGCGCUCUGCUUACCGACACCGAGAUGUUGCACUGUCCUUCUUGACUCUUCUUACCCUCUGCUUCUGCACGUGAAACAGAGCGCGACAGUUCCGCUGCCUGCGAGCCGAGAGGAGCGAGCGGGUUAUCAUGAGUUGUCUGGAUGUUAUGUACCCGGCUUAUGGUCAUUACGCACCGUACGCGCACAAAGCUUCAGCGUUCAUCAGCACUUUACCGGCACCCCUUGGUCUGAGAAGCCCCUUGUCUCGCUGUAGGGAUCCAAUGGACAGCGUGGUGACCCCGUGCUGCUCGGAGGGUGUCCUGGUUUCUGCUGGAAGCUCCAGCUCAGGGGGUCUGUCCCCAUCACCGUAUCCUUCGGCAGGACAAGCAGAGGAGGCUACGAAAGGCAAAGAUGUCAGGGAGGCAGAAUACCUGAGCUCACGAUGUGUUGUCUUUACCUACUACCAAGGGGACAUUAGCAGUGUGGUGGAUGAACACUUCUCCAGAGCUCUCAGCACCUACAUGGAGGCAGAGGGCAAAAAGAGGCACAAUGAUCCCAGCACAGAUGCUUCAUCCUCAACCAUUCGGCGCAGUUUCCCUCCAUCUUUCUGGGACAGUAACUACCCCUCUCCACCCAGCCGACCCCACUGUGAUCCCACAGGUGCUCCCACUUAUGCUAUGGACCCCUACGCUCAGGCCCUGCACUCGGGUCUGCCUCACACACACGCUCACCCGCACCCAUCAGAGUCCUGGAGCUACUCUCAGAGCCAACCCUAUCCCCCCCCACGGCCCUUACAUGAACUGUACACCCCUCCUGGGCUGGAUGCCCACUAUGGACCCCUACUGAUGCCUGCCGUCCGGCCACCUCAUCUGCCGACGCUGCCCGGGCAUUACGAUGUGGGAAAGCUGGAACCCACCCCAACAUGGCCAGGGCUGCUUCCGCCUGGGGAAGUGGCACAGAGUCUGGCUCUCAACAUGGAAGGUCUCCAGCACCACAAGAAAGGGAAGGAGCUCUAUUGGUUUUAAUGAGAAGCCCUUCAUCGACCAUCCAAUUAAAGCCUGCAGUUUGGCCCAUUGUAGCCGAACUGUUGUUUCUUUAGCCCCCACGCACAGCGGCUCUCUUCACCAGCUCUGCACACGCUCUGAACACGCUCCAGGACUAUUUGUGUGCACCAUGGAGAUAUGAACAUAGGGCGAGAAGAGAACACCUAGGGGAGGCAGGGGUGCUAGACAACAUGGUCUUUCUGUUUUUUGAUCUUUUUUAAACUAAUUUAUUGUGGUGUAAAAAUCCAGCUUGUUCUCUACGGAUCUCUGUUUGGACGGUGAGACGUAAGAAACAUUGCAUGGUGCAGUAUAUAAAAUGACACAUUUUCUAAAAAUCUGGCUGUUUAUAUUGAGUGAAUAUUGUUUUGUUGCAUUAUUUUUCUUCCCAUGUACAGUAUUUUUAUUUAUAUAUACAUUAGUAUUUAUGUGUUUCAAUUAAAAUACAUUUUCGGCCAGUGCUGUUAGUUUUUUCUUUUUCUUAGAAAACGUGCCACGGUGUGAAACUGAAAUCUGAGGGAAUUUAAAGAAUCAAUAAACCAUACCUUAUCAUUAAAGAGUGAAAUAAAAUGAUGUGAUUUUCCAGGUUAAUGAACCACUUCAGAGAGGUUCCAUAAAUGUUAUUAUAAGAGGAAAGUCAUUUCUGGUGUAUUUUUUAUGUGUGAGUCUACUUUAUUGAAUUAAAAAUGAAUGAAUGAAUGUUCCGUUAAGACUAAAAAUGUAAGAAAUUGUUUGUAUUUCCAUAUUAAACAUGCAUUUAAAUAUGUUGCCUUGUUCUUGUAGUGGCCUAUUACUCAUUUCUGAAAGAUUAUGAAAUGUUAAAAAGAAUACUUGUUAGAUAUUUCAAAAUUGUGUUGUCAGUUAAAAAUCUGAUUUGUCUUUGUGUCAUCCAAAUUUCUAGAGUGUGACCCAAAGAAACAUUUCCAGCUAACAUGUUAGUCAGAGACAAGAAGGUCACUUACAGAAAAGUUUGAUUUAUUUUUGUGUCUUGUGUAAUUAUGGGCUGCUGUAGGCCAGAUUUGAUACUGAUCAGACUGUGUUUAUGUUCCUCUGGAAGGAAAGAUGUGCCAGGCUUAUCACUGAUGUUGUAGGUCACAAACUCUCUUUUGUCUGGUCAUGAAAUUAUAAACGGGUGCAUGGAUAGUUGGUUCCUCUAAGACUCCCCUGCCAAAACUGUAAAACAUGACAGCCAGCUGGUACAAAAUCUCUGUCUGUCAACAGGGCCUAUUUAUAUUUAUGUUUUAAGAUAAAACAGAAAGUUGAUUAUGAAUAUAUAUGUAGCAAAAAUGCAUGCCUCAAAGUUCCUUAAAUAAAUAGGCCAGAACAAGAACAAAGCAGUGUUAUUCUGUUUUUCAAGCGAUACAUUAAUGCACUUUUACAG